CCGCUAUCUUCUAGCGUGUUCCGGUAUUCAUUACUGCAUUUAUAUACGUUGAUUUCAAUGGAUGCAACUGAUAAUGGAUCAAAUUCUCCAAAUAACUGGAUUUCUGAAAUCCAGAAAACGUUUUCAGAUAUUCGUUUGUCAAUGAUAGAUGAUGACACACUGGUAAACUUAUUAUCAGAACGGUAUGUCCACAAUAUGUUUACUUCUUAAUUUCAGAUCUGUUUCUGUACUAAAUGUGGUUGAUUGCGCAAUGUCUUAUUUCAUCGCUGUGAAUUUUAUUGGUGGGUUAAUGGUUAAUGACUCAUAUGAGUUGGAUGGAUGCCACCAGUUAGCAUUAGAAGACCUCACUUGUGAGGGCGAACGUCCCUUCAAACUCACUAAAUCUCUAAGCUUACUUUGGUUAUGUAAACGCUUGUGCAGAAAAAUGUCUUCCAUUUCUCAAACUUUAUCAUUCCUCUAUCAUUUGAACCUUUUGAAGUGCAUUUACUUGCAUCAGUACCUGAUUGGUGAUGAAAGAUCUCCUAAAUUAAAAAGUGAAUUUCAUGAAAUCAUCGACGUCUGUGAAAAAGAAGCCAACAAUUUUUCUACUGAAGAUUGGAUUCACUAUUUGAUGUUAUCUUCAUAUUUAAGCGCCUUUUACUAUGAAUAUGAAAAUUCAAAAACUUUCGCAUCAAAAUGUGCUGAAUAUUUAAACAUAGAUGUUAAAUUCGAUGGUGUUUUGGGUAAAUGCACCAGAUUUCAAGAAAAAGAAGUUGCAAAUCUGACAGUUAAAGUUAGUAGGUUAUUAGAAGUAAAAGAUGAUGAAAGUUCAUGUAACGAUGCUCUACCUCAGAUAAUAUCUCUUAAUGAUGAUGUACUUCUUAAUAGUGUUGCACUUAGUACAAACGAUGAACAAAAACCCCUUUCAAAUAUAGAGCAGUCCUUUAUUUUGUUAUUGUGUGAACUUCAUCGUCGCUACUACCCACGGGAUGAUCUAACUGCACAACAGUGUCUAGCUUAUAUAAACACUGUUAUCCGAGCCGUGUAUCCUGAUUCCAUAAGUGAAAUAAAGAGUAGUUCCUCUUGGCCCAUCGCAACAGAAAUGUUGUUUAGAAGAAGUUUGCUGGAACAUCAUUCUGUUCGAAGAACGGAGCGUGCACUAUCGCAACUAGAAGAGUUAUCUAACCAGUUUAGCAGGACCAGUCCACCACUUUCAGAUAGAUCUGUUGGGAGCUUUUUUCUUUCAAGAAUGCCUUCUAUUUGGACUUUACAAAUUGAACAAGGUCGGUUACUCAUGAAGAUCGGAUGUUAUAAGAGCGCCCUGGAUAGUUUUCUUCUGUGGGAUAAAUGGUCAGAAAUAAUUGAAUGUUAUACACAUUUGAAUAAAAGAGAAAAAGCAGAAGAAGUAAUUCGUUCUCGUUUAGAUGCUGGAGACAAAUCUGCUGAUUUAUAUUGCGCCCUUGGAGAUGUAACAAAUGAUCGUCAGUAUUAUUUAACGGCGUGGGAUGUAUCGAAUCACAAGUCAGCUCGAGCUAUGCGCAGUUUAGCUGUUGUUUAUAUGUAUAUGGAUAAAGAUUACAGUAAUGCAAUCGAAUGCUUUGAAAAGUCAUUGGGAAUUAACAAUAUGCAGGCUGGUUUAUGGUUCACAUUUGGAUGUUGUUGUCUACAAGCCAAGGAGUACAUAAAAGCUGAAAAGGCUUUUCGUGCUUGUGUUCGUCUAGAUCCUGAUAAUUACGAAGCCUGGAGUAACUGUGCUACUGCGGUUCUACUUCAAGGGAGAAAGAAUGUAGCAUUGAAGCUAAUGAAAGAAGCUUGUAAAUAUAAUUAUGAAAAUUGGCGCUUAUGGGAAAACAUUUUAUUAAUCAGUGUCGAAGUAAACGCUUUUGGAGAUACUAUGCAUGCAUAUCAUCGCUUGUUAGACUUACGUGGAAAGUAUGCAAAUGCACAAGUUCUUGGUAUUAUGGUUAAAGCUGUUAUUACGGAUCAAAGUGAUUCGACUGGAUCCCCUGCCAGUAAUAUACGCACAAAGUUACUUGAAUUAUUUGGUCGAGUGACGGCAUCUACACCAACAGAAGCUUUGAUAUGGGAGGAGUAUGCACAUCUCUUACUUGAUGAAAUCCCACAGUUAAGUUCUACAACUUACCAACGUGCUGUCCAGUGUCUUCAAACAGCUCAUCGUUGCCGUAUACAAUCAAGUGAAGGACCGUGGGAACAGUCUACAGAUAAACGUAAAGCAGUUGUGGAUGGUUUGAAAGCUUUAGCCGAUUUACUAGAUGAUCCUCCUAAGUUUGAGAACAAUAACGAUAACGAGUCGGAAGCACAACAACUGGCUACUUUUAUUCAGUCCAGUUUGGCUAGUCUUCGAAUGAGUGUAAAGUUGGUCAUUGCCAAAUUGAAAGUUGCUGAAGAGUCACUUGUUUCGGUAGAUGUACAAAAGAUGAUUUGUUCUUCACACAAAUUUCUAAAUGAAUUACUUAUUGAUAUCGAAAAGAAAAUAAACUAGAAUGUACUUGCAUUUCUUUUACUUUUGUACAUGAUCUUUAUAACAAUGAAAGUAUUUUCAAUAAAAGUGAUGAUCAAUA